AUGAGAAUAUCGGAGAUCUCAUCGCAAGAUUUCAGGCAAAGUCUUCAUGAACACCAUCAGGAAGAAACUCAAUCUUCAACAUUUUCACAUUUGGAAACUUUAAUCAAACAAAUCGAGUCUCAUUCUCCACAAUCUACUCUACCGGAGAAUCUAUUCCGCGAUCUUCAAUUCGGUCUUUCUCAACUCACUUCAACCUCUUCUUCCUUGUCCAACUCAGACAAGAUCAAGAUCUGGAAGCUCAGUUACCAUCUCUGGAAUGCAUGCGUCGAUCUCUCCAAUGCCACCGCUGCAAAAUUCACCGAGGAUCAUGCCAAGUUCCGACAAUUCUCCGCCGAUUUGCUCCUCCUCGCUGCAGAUGUUACUGGAGUCCCAUCUUCUACAUUUAAAUGUGCUUCAUUCUACUACAAAACAGGCCUCAUUUGGCACGACCUCCGCAAGUUCGACCUCGCCAACAACUGUUUUGAGAAAGCCACCGAUCUGACAUCCAGGAUCAGUACCGCGAAUGUAACCGACACUGAGGAGAGGAAAAUCCUCCUUGGACUCAAUAUCGCGAGAUCGAGGACAGCAUGGGAGGUUUCAGACCGGAACUUGGCUAUAAAUUUGCUUAAUCGGGGUAAAACGCUGAUAUUCGGAUCCUCGGAGAACUACAAAGCGUUGGCAAAUCAAUACCUAGUGUUUGCGAAAAGCUUACUGUCAACUAAGGAGGCAUCGAACCUUAACGAUGGUCUUAAAUUGAUGAAUGAAGCCCUAGAAUUGUGUGAGAGGGGUCUGAGGAUUGUGAAGAGGCAGGACGAGACAAUUGAUUUGAAGGGCCUGAAAUUCAAGACGCUUAGGUUCAUAGCAGCAUUGCAUUUGCAGAAAGAUGAGUUCGACAGUGUGUUGAAGUGUGUGAGGGUAUUGAGAGAUGAUGGUGGUGAUGAUCAUCCAAGUUUGAGUGUGUUGGCAAUGAAGGCAUGGUUGGGGUUAGGGCGGCAUGGGGAGGCUGAGAAGGAGCUGAGAGGAAUGGCAGCAAUGAAGGAGAUUCCUGAGGUGGUCUGGGUGUCAGUGGUGGAGGCUUACUUCCAGGCAUCUGGGGCAGCAGGAGCUGAGACUGUAAAGGAGAUAUUUUUGGUGCUUCUGGGAAAGUUCCAUGUUACUGCUAGUUCUGCAAUUAGGAUUGUUCGCAGGUUAGCUGGAGAAGGAGGAGGUGGAGAUGAAGGAAGGGUGAGAGUGAAAGUGGUAGCUGAGGUAGUAUCAGAUGAUAGGAUGGUAGCACUUUUUGCUGGAAAAGAAGUUGUGAAGGAGAGAACAACAAUGCGCACCGUCCUCUGGAAUUGUGCAGUAGGCCAUUUUCAAGCCAAGGAUUAUGAAAUGAGUGUGGAGAUGUUUGAGAAGUCUAUGCUUUACCUCCCUUGUAACUUGGAGCAUAAUAUCCUUCGUGCAAAGAGCUUUAGAGUACUUUGUCUCUGCUACCUGGGACUUUCCCAGCUAGAUCGAGCAGAAGAAUACAUCAAUGAAGCUGAAAAGCUUGAACCCAAUAUUGCUGGAUCUUUCCUCAAGUUUAAGAUCAAGUUACAAAAUAAUGAUGUGGAUGGUGCAAUUGCCCAGAUGCAAUCCAUGCCAACCUACCUGGACUUUACUCCGGGGUUUCUGUCUCUUGCAGCCCAUGAAGCUUUAGCCUGCCACACUUUUCCAGUUGCAGUCGCCUCAUUAUCCAAUAUCCUCAACCUCUACUCCUCAGGGAAAUCCAUCCCACAUACUACAGAGGUGACAGUUUUCCGUACCAUUGUUAUAAUCCUUAUGCAAGAUCCUGGCAACAGAUAUGAAGUUCUAAAAUACAUGAAGCGAGCUCAUACCCGGUUAUCUGAGCUUGGCCCAGAACUGUUCUUUGGGAAAGGUGAAGUUGGGAACCGGGAAAUGAAAUGGUUUGGUGUCACCUCAUGGAAUACAGGAUUUAAAGCUGGAAAGGAGAAAAACUUUGAAGUGUGUGCUCAAUUCUUCAGAUUAGCAUCAGAAUUUUAUGGGGUGGUGGUUAUUGACAAAGCCCAAGAAUAUGACAUAAUGGUCUGUAAAUCGUUGAUAUUGAGCGUUACUGCUGUAGUAGCUGAUGCAAUGCAAAAACAAACUAAUUUGCUGGAGGCUGAACUCAGACAAGCGUUUAAACUGCUGGAAAAAGCUGGAAAGAUUCUAACAUCACUACCAGCCGAUUGUAUGUCAGCCAACGAUCAAUCCUCUGUGGUGAAACCUAACUUCGUAUUCAUAUACACAGUACAGAUGUUCAAUAUACGAAUACAACUCAAUGGUGUGGAACCUCAACAACUCCAAUUGGUAAAGAGUUUUGCUGAUUCAAAAUCAUGCAACCCAACCAAUCUCAUUCAGAUAGGCUUUCGAGCAUUGGACGGAGCUCACUCAAACCAUGAAGUAGCCGAGUUCGCUCUAACCACAGGACUUUCCAGUCUACUAGCUUCCACACAGCCUGAUUAUCAAACCAUAGCUCUUGUACUUAGGAAACUAAUCGAGUUGAGCUCCAUUCAUCACAAGGGAAGAGAUAAUGAUGAUUCUGAUGAUGAUGUAGUUUAUGGAAUGUAUAAGCAAGCACAUAGGAUAAUGAUUGGUUUGAAGGAAGGAGAGUAUCCUGUUAAAGAAGGAAAAUGGCUGGCUAUGACGGCUUGGAACCGCGGUGGUAUACCUUUGAGAGUAGGUCAGGUUGAUAUAGCGAAAAGGUGGAUGGAUAUUGGGUUGGAUUUGGCUAAGAAGGUUCAUGGAAUGGACAAUUAUCUGUCUUGUAUGAAUGAUUUUGUGGCUAGAUUGGAAAAGCAUAUUGCUGCUAAAAAAGGAGGAUUGGGAGCUUCUUCUUCUUCAUCUGUGUAGGUUGCUUUUAUGGAGCCAAUACUAGAUUUAUAUAUAAUAUCAUUUGCAGUUUGCAGGGUUAAAUAGAUCAU